GCGGCGCACACUCUCUGAGUCACACGCUUUUUUCUUCUCUCUCCGAAAUCUGUAUACUCGAACCAGUAUUGUUCUCCACUGUCAAGUCUCUCUCCUAGAAAACUACCUUUUCUCAUUAGCCAAACACCAACAACCUCUCUCUCUCUCUCUCUCCCUCUGAUAAACUAAAGAUUUUUUGGAUUUCAGUUCAUAAAAGUGACUACCUCGCUUCGAUCAUCUGAGAGAAAAUUCGUCUAUGAAGAGAGUUCACUCACAUUCCUCUUCUUCUUCUCCUCUAUAGAGAGAACGAUUUGUUUUCUGUAAAAAAAUCUCAAGACUUUAAAAAUGGAGAGAAAACAGGGAUUCUUUUCUGCUUUAAAGGAAGAAGUAGUGCGAGGCUUAUCGCCGGCGAGGUCGCGAGCCAAGAGUCCGGCGCGAACUGGGUCGCCAAUGUCUGGUCUGCUUCGGCGGAGGAAGCACCAUCACCACCACGUGGCCAAUCCGGAGCCGUUGAUCGGGAGAUCCGGAAGCUUAAGGCCCGUCAUGGAGGGUCCGGAUCCGGAUGGAGGCGAAAUCGGGGAUUCGAAGCGCGGGUUAGGGCUAGGGCAGUGGAUGAAGGGGCAGCUUUCAAGGACUCCAUCAGUGGCUUCGAAUGCUUACAAGCGGUCUGAUCUGAGACUGUUGCUCGGUGUUUUGGGUGCUCCUCUCUCCCCUGUGCAAGUUAGCACCAAUGACCCUUUGCCUCACCUCUGCAUCAAGGACACUCCCAUUGAAAGUUCAUCUGCUCAGUACAUAUUACAGCAAUAUACUGCUGCAUCAGGAGGGCAAAAGUUGCAGAACUCCAUUCGGAAUGCAUAUGCCAUGGGAAAGGUGAAGAUGUUGGCUUCUGAGUUUGAAACUGCAUCGAAGGUAGUGAAGAAUCGGAAUGUGGCAAGAGAUGCCGAGUCAGGUGGAUUUGUCCUCUGGCAGAUGAAUCCAGACAUGUGGUAUGUUGAGCUUGCUGUGGGGGGGAGCAAGGUUCGCGCAGGCUGCAAUGGUAAGCUUGUCUGGAGGCACACCCCUUGGCUUGGUGCCCGUACUGCAAAAGGCCCGGUUAGACCUUUACGCCGUGCCCUUCAGGGUCUUGACCCCAGAACCACCGCUAGUAUGUUUGCCGAUGCAAGAUGUAUUGGAGAGAAAAAGAUCAAUGGCGAGGAUUGCUUUAUCCUAAAGCUCUGUGCUGACCCUCUAACCUUGAAGGCAAGAAGUGAGGGCCCAGCGGAGAUCAUAAGGCAUGUUUUGUUUGGUUACUUUAGCCAGAAGACAGGUCUUCUUGUUCACAUGGAGGAUUCUCAUCUUACCCGCAUCCAAUCCAAUGGUGGCGAUGCAGUCUAUUGGGAAACCACAAUCAAUUCGUUCCUUGACGAUUACAGGCCUGUUGAAGGGAUCAUGAUUGCUCAUUCUGGGCAUUCUGUGGUCACCCUUUUUAGAUUUGGAGAGAUGGCAAUGAGCCAUACCAAAACAAGGAUGGAAGAAGCUUGGACAAUUGAAGAGGUCGCGUUCAAUGUUCCGGGCUUGUCUGUAGACUGUUUCAUCCCUCCAGCUGACUUGAGAGCUGAUUCGAUCAGCGAAGCCUGUGAACUACCUCAUGAUGAAAGGGGAAAGAGCACAAUUGCCAUUGCAACCCAUCGGGCCAAGGUUGCAGCUCUGGAGAAGCCGCAUGACAGCAACACUGACAGCAUGGUUUGGAAGAUGGAAGUCUAACAAUUGGUAGAAAAAAAAAAUUAGGGCAAUUGUUUAUACAGUACGUAGGUGUUAAUUGACUGACACAUCAGAAAUGAAAAUGUAGGAGUUAGAUUCAUUGAGGAAUUUUAUAAUAUAAGUCAGGGUAUGCCUCUUAUCAAUCUGUAAAUAGAGCAUAAUCAUUCUCAGGUUCUACCUUGCCUGGAUGAAUCUUUAUACUCUCAAUGCAGAAUCCAACUAUGGAGUUGGAGCUCGGUUUUCCCAGUAAUGGAUUAGUGGAUGAUGGAGCAGUGGAGGUUUGUUUUUAUUUUACCUUCCAUGCAUGGAGGAAGGUGGUGAAGCUUUGGUACAGCAGAACCAUUUACCUUAUUUGAUCCUACUCAAUUCUUUUGCUUAAAUGUAUACAGCAGUAGCAUCGACAUGAAGAAUGCUGCUGCUACAUGGAUUGAAGCUAUUGUCUUUAGUUCUCUAAUUCUAAUGUGUUUUUAUUUGUGUUAAUUUUGGUGUGGUUUUCUGGUUGAUGUAAAAAGAAAGUUGUGUCUAUGAGAUAUUAAAUGCUUAUGGAUGUAGAGAAAGAGUAGAGCAUCUUGCCCUCAUCUGUUUCAUUUUUAUAUUUGUGAAUUGUACAUUUACAUCUCCUUGAAUGGUGAAUAUACAAUCCAGGACCUGUCUGCUC